AUGCAGCGUUCUGUAGCCAAGCAGUUCAUGCUGGGACGUAAGCUUCUGGCGGUCAGCCAGAACCGAAUCCAACCAGUGGCACGUCCCUGUGAUGUCUUCAUUAAUCACAGAAGCAUCGACACCAAGCGCACUGUCGCUGGUUUGCUCUACGAUCAUUUAAUCCGCCUUAACCUCCACCCUUUCUUGGACAGCAAGAAUAUGAAGCCAGGCGACAAGCUCUUCCAACACAUCGAUUCCUCCAUUAGGGAAUGCAAGAUUGGAGUUGCUGUCUUCUCCCCUACUUAUUGCCGCUCUUACUUCUGCCUCCACGAACUGGCUCUCCUAAUGGAGUGCAAGAAGAAGAUUAUUCCUAUCUUCUGUGACGUCAAACCUUCGGAGCUUCUAAGCCUUGACGAUAGGAUUUGUCCGGCCAAGGACCUGCAGAGAUUUAAAUCGGCGCUUGAGGAGGCCAUGUACACCGUCGGUCUCACGUUCGACUCCUGUAACGGGGACUGGUCGGAUUUCUUAAGAAGCGCUACAGACAUUGUGGUUAAGAGCAUGAUCGAGUUGGAGGCAGAAGGAAUAAGCAACCGGCACUGUUCACUCCCAAAAUCUACUACCAAGUUACCUCUUCCGAUGAUGAAUCAAUGCACAGUAUAA